AUGCUCUGGUGGACCUUCGUCGUGUGGCUGGGCCAAGUUGUCGCAGCAGAACGACCCCAAAUCGGCCAUUACCCCAUUAAUGGAAACGUCUGGCGAGCAAAGGACAUCUCCGAAAUCCGCCAGCCAUUGAGUGUAGCCUUCCGGAAUUUCUCCCAAAACUGCACGACCCUCAAGUCGAACGCGACAAAUAUUAUUUACUAUGUAUCCGAGCCGGAGAAUACCUAUCAACAUAUUGAGACCGACAACUCAAUAUGCGUCUAUUCGGUGGAGCGAAAUAUGCCGAAUGCGCGAAAUUACUACAGCCAAGACGUGCUCCAGGACGUCCAUUUCGAGCUGUUUGACACGUCGAUAGUGAAUUACACAUUCUACUUCGCGUGCGACGAGUACUGCUGCGGACUCGAGUGCUGCCAGCGGGACGUCGGCAUGACGAUUGUCGGCUUCACGUUAAUCUCGGUGUCGGCAAUUAUAAUCCUAUUCUAUGGGGCCGUGUACUGUGGCGGAAUGUUGUGCGCCUGGCGGAAUGGAGCGCUCGGCAAGAAAUUACAGUUUAAUGGCAAAAGCCCCGAAAAAAAGAAGAAAAAACUUGAAGAAACGUCGAUGAGCGUUUUACGGCCCUCCGAAUCGAUGGAUACCAAUGGGGGACCCUCA